AUGGCUUCAGCAUCUCAUUCAUCAUUAUCAGCAGCAGAAAUCGUCAAUAGUCGUAUUCCAUUAGGUGCAACAAAAGAACGAUAUCAGAAAUGGAUAUUACAGAAACAUAAUUGUCUUCCAAAUGAUACUACCUUUCAUCGUUUAGUUCAAUCUGGCUUAGUCGAUGAAAUAGUUGUAGUUCUUGGAGAACGUGAACAUCGAAAAGGACACAAUUAUCGACUCAAUGAAGAUGAUGACGAUGAAGACGAAGAUGAGUCUCCUACAAAAAAUUUUAAACCAAAUACACUCCUACAAUGUGAUUCUGCAACACGGACUGAAUCCCAUGCAACAGGGCUCAAAUUAUUUGAAUGA